AUGGGAACGACAAAAGCCAAAGCCCCUGCGAAAGCAGCCGCGGCUGCUCCAAAAACAUCGCGCAAUUUGCCCAAAAAGACAUUCAUUCUCGACAAUGGCGCAUACAACAUGAAAGCAGGCUAUGCGCCCGACCUCUCCUCCUCCGACGUCCUAUCUGCGUGUACCUCAAUCCCGAAUGCAAUCGUCAAAACCCGCGACAAUCGAAUUGUCAUUGGCGCGCAGCUCGCAACACACGUCACGGACUGGAACGAGGUGGCGUUUCGACGACCGGUGGAGAAGGGAUAUAUUGUGAACUGGGAAGCGGAGAGGGAAAUUUGGGAGCAAUCUUUUUUCGAGGAGAAGGCGACGGCCCGGAACAAGGGGUUGCGAAUUGGGGCGCCGGAGGAAACUACACUGGUAUUGACCGAGGGGCCGAAUACGCUGCCGGCGUUGCAGCGGAAUACGGAUGAGAUGGUUAUGGAGGAAUGGGGGUUUGGAGGGUAUGCGAGAUGUCUAGGACCGACGCUCAACGCUUGGAAUGAAAUCCACAGUUUAUUCGGAGAUACUCUCACCGGAAAACCCGAGUCCGAUAUUCUGCCUGCAGACUGUCUCCUAGUUGUUGAUUCGGGAUACUCGCAUACUACGGUGACUCCGGUUUAUAAGGGACAGACUCUUCAGCGCGGAGUCCGCCGUCUCGACAUCGGUGGAAAACAUCUCACCAACUAUCUCAAGGAAAUCGUCUCGAUGCGACAAUACAACAUGGUAGACGAGACAUAUAUCAUGAACGAAGUCAAAGAAGCUGUUUGUUUCGUGAGCAACAACUUCAAAGGCGACAUGGAACGAACCUGGAAAGGCAACCGGAAGCUCCAAGCCGAAGAAGGCGUGGUGGUGGACUUUGUGCUUCCUGAUCCGAAUGCUGGCAAGAAAGGCUUCAUGCGACCCCAUGAUCCGCUUUUACUUGCAAAGAAAAAGAAGGGUGCGGCUUCUGGGCUGAGUGCUGAGGUGCUCUCUGAGGAUGUACUUGUUCUGGGCAAUGAGCGCUUUGCUGUUCCGGAACUUUUGUUUACUCCGGGUGAUAUUGGUAUGAAGCAGGCUGGUGUUCCGGAUAUGAUUCUCGACAGUUUGUCUGUCUUGCCGGCUGGAUUGCAUGCUGCCUUUUUAGCAAAUGUGUUGGUUGUUGGUGGCAAUGCUGCUAUCCCGGGCUUUAUGGAGCGAUUGGAAACUGAAUUGCGCCAGGUUGCCUCGUCGGACUGCGUUGUAAGAGUGCACCGGGCUACUGAUCCCGUUCGCUCGACAUGGCUAGGCGGAGUCCGCCUUGCCAAUAAUCGAGAGGAGCUAGGUCGAGUUAGCAUUACUCGCCAGGAAUAUCAGGAGCAUGGAUCUGGAUGGGCCGGACGACAUUUCGCUGGCACUAUCUAG